AUGGGGUGCCGAGCGGUGGAGGUGAAGAGGCCCCGGGGGGUCUCCUUGUCCAAUCGUGUCUUCUAUGAUGAGACAAAACCAUUCACCUGUCUGGAUGGGUCUAAGACGAUCCCCUUUGACCAAGUGAAUGAUGACUACUGUGACUGUACGGAUGGAUCUGAUGAGCCUGGUACAUCUGCAUGUUCCAAUGGUAACUUCCACUGCACCAAUGCCGGGUACAGGCCCAUUUACAUACCUUCAUCUCGUGUUAACGACGGCAUUUGCGAUUGCUGUGACACUACUGAUGAGUAUAACAGUGGAGUGAACUGCCAGAACACCUGCAGAGAGAUGGGGCGAAAGGAGCGGGAAGAGCUGCAGAAGAAAGCUGAAAUGGCUCGGGAGGGAAUGCUGCUGAAACAGAAAUAUAUCGAUGAGUUCCGAAAGGGUCGGGAAGAGAAACAGGCAAGGUUGCAAGAACUGGUGGAGGAGCGUCAGAGCCUACAGUCAGAGGUUGACUCUCUGCGUGCAAAGAAAGAAGAGGCAGAGACACCAGAGAAGGAAGCCAAGGAUGCGCAUAAAAAGGAAUGGGAAGAGAGGAGGGAAGCAGAGAAAGCUGCCUUUGAAAAGAAGAGAUCACUGGAAGCUUUUACUGAGCUGGAUGAGGACUCUGAUGGGAUACUGUCUGUACAAGAGCUGUUGUCUCACUCAGAGUUUGAUUCAGAUGGAGAUGGUUCCAUAUCUGACCAGGAAGCCCAGGAUCUCCUUUCAAGCUCGCAGUCAGUGGAUGUCAGCACUUUCCAAGAUUCUGUCUGGCCCCAGAUUAAGGAAAAAUACAAAUCUAAGAGUGACGCCUCUUCACCACCUCCUAUAGAAGAGAGAACAGAGUCUCAUUCAGAAAUUCCCCAUGAGGAUGGGGAUGAUAAUGGAGAGGAUGGAGGAGAUGACGAGGAUGAUGUUGACGACAACGAUGAUUUCAAUGAAGACCACAGGGCUCCACCUGGAAAAUCUCAAGGGGAGGAGUCUGAGAUGCCACCAUAUGAUGACACAACCCAGCAGCAAUUAAUAGAUUCCGCCGAGGCAGCUCGUAAUGAGUAUGAAAGCGCAUCCAAAUCUUUAAGGGACAUGGAAGAUACAAUCAGAAAUCUGGAGAAGGAGAUUUCACUGGAUUUCGGACCACAGGGAGAAUUUUCCUACCUCUAUGGACAAUGUUAUGAGCUUUCAACCAGCGAGUACAUUUAUCGCCUCUGUCCAUUUAACCGUGUAACUCAGAAGCCGAAGGUUGGAGGAUCAGAGACUAAUUUGGGCAUCUGGAACACCUGGGCCGGACCAGAAAAUGAUAAAUUUAGUGCCAUGAAGUACGACCAGGGCACAGGCUGUUGGCAAGGUCCCAACCGGUCCACACAGGUGAAAUUGUUGUGUGGUAAAGAAACAGUUGUCACGUCCACGUCGGAGCCAAGUCGUUGUGAAUAUCUCAUGGAAUUCUACACUCCGGCCGCCUGUCAGCAGCCCGCUGAGAUCCCCCAAUCAGAAGAUCACGACGAGCUGUGA